CCUCGUUUUCUUCCAAGAUUGGCGCCAGAAACUGUUUUAGCACUUCUGAGUUGGGUAAGUUUGUCUGGUUCGUGCUCCUCAUUCCCCUCCCCUCCUUGUAGUGAUCAUCUUCUCUCCUCAUUACACCCACACCAGCCACUUAAGCAUCUCAGAUUUUUAGACACGUUCACUCUCUCUCAAUCAGAUUUUGAAAGAUGGACUCACAACUCCAUGACUCACAACUCCAUGGGGUUCAUUCCUUCACUACACUGUUACAAGAGGGGGAAGAAAGCUACAAUGACUAUCUCCCAUCUUUGAAUGACUUAGAGUCGCAAUAUACUCCAUCCAAUCCAGAAGAGGGAAGUAGUAGAAAAACUAAAUCUAGAAAAGGAAAUUUUAGCACAGAAGAGGACAACUUGCUAGUUUUGGCUUGGCUGAAUACUAGUAUGGACCCAAUCAAUGGGGUUGAUCAAUCAAAAUAUUCAUUUUGGUCUAGAGUUCAUGAAUAUUAUGAGAAAAACAAAAAAUCUAUAUCUUCUGAACGUAGUUCAUGCUCUAUUAGAAAUAGAUGGUCUACUAUCCAACUUGCUACAAAUAAGUUUUGUGGGGCCUUAGCUCAAAUUGAAAGAAGGUCUCCAAGUGGGGCUAAUGAGCAAGAUAAGAUUGAGAAAGCCAAAGAGUUCUACCGAAGUAUCCAUCCCACUUCAUUCAACUUUCUUCAUUGUUGGACUAUUCUACGACACCAUCCAAAGUGGAAAGAAUCUGUGGCUGAGGGUAGCAGUAUGAAAGCUAAAAGAAGAUCAAUAAUUCGAGAUGGUCAUGCACCAGAGUUCAUAGAUGAAGAUACUGCAGCACCAUCUUUAGAUGUGAAUUUAGAGAGACCAAUUGGAAAGAAAGUUGCAAAGAAGCGAAAGAGGCAAGAGGAUAACUCUUCCAAUCUUACUGAUUUGGUGAUUGAAAUAAAAGGGGAGAGAAUCAAAUCUAAUGCUGAGAAAGGAGAAAUUAGGAAAGAGUAUGCCCGCAUUGCAAAAGAAAGGCUUGAAUUUGAUAAACAGAAAGAAGAUAAUGAAAUCAUGAGGAGGGAGUUAGAAAUUAUGAGAGUAGAUGUAUCAACUUUAUCUCCAACGCAACAAGAGUAUUUCCGUACCCUCCAAUUGGAAAUACUUGAGAAGCAAAAGUCUAGAAAGCCAUGAUUUAGAGUGUUUGGGCUGGUAUUUUUGGUAUUCUUGAAAGGUAACAAUGCAACCACUUUUGGGAAUUCUCUUUUACUGGUUUUUAUCAUAGUUUUUUUGCAUAUAAAUUUGCAUAAACUAGCAGCCCAAUAGCUUCUUUUUUUGUACAGAAAAUUACCCAUAGCUUUUCUAUGUAGAAAUUUGCAUUGUACAAAACAAAAGCUCAAUGAUGGUUACUUUUGAUAACUUUUUUGUAUAGAACACUUGA